AAGCUCAGACUGGUGACAAGAACUGAUAUAUUGUGGUGAUGGCUGCACAACUCUUUGAGUAUACUAAAAACCAUUUAAUUGUACAAUUUAAAUUGGUAGAUUGUAUGCUAUGUAAAUUACAUCUCAAAACUGUUUAAAAGAAACAUAGCCUGAGGCGAAAUCUUUAAAAAGUUACCUAGGUGAUGUAGGGUACAGUACACACGAAGCACAGAAGAUGGAAUGAACCAAGUUAUGGAGGUGAGAAACGUGUGUGUGUGUGUGUGUGUGUGUGUGUGUGUGUGUGUGUGUGUGUGUGUUGUAGGGGAGGUAAGCUGGGAAGUGAUAAAAUCCGUAAUCAGAUUUGUUUUAGAUAAACCACACUGACAGCUGUGACGUAAUGGAAAGUAUACUCAUUGUUUUUUUUUUUUUUUCCGAUCAGAAUAAUUUGUGCGUGGGUCUUGGAGCUGCCAUUUUAAAACUAGAAAUGUUUUAUAAAUGUCAAGUAUUCUUAUUCAAUUGAUCCUAAUGGCAAGUCUACUCGCUUGCCAGCAGGGGGUAAAUGUAGAGAUUAAUGUAAGAUUUUAAAGCUAAGGUUGAUCUUGCGCUGAGAGAAAGUUCGACAAUUAACAAAGAAAGUUUGUCAGUGAGUUGGACACCUCCCUUGGGUAGCGGCGAAAACGCCUAGAGAAUUUUUUAAAUAAGUCUUUCCAAGGCCGGAAAAGUGGCGGAGGAAGCUAGUGGGCUUCAGGGUUCCUGUUUUUCAAGAUUUUACGUUGGGUAUUAAGUACUCUCACAGCCUGUUAAAAUUGUCGCUCUGAGUACACUUGCAGGAUCAAAAAAGAAAAAGUGUAAGAAGAAAGGAUUAAAAGAAUCACGGCAUCGCCAACAGGAUCGUAUUUUCCCGAAGGUGGUUAACCAGCCAUACCGGAACGACGAAACACAGGGUCCCGCGCAGCACGGAGGACUAACAGUAACACCGCCACGCCGGCAGCAAAGCUCAUUUUGGUCUCCGCCCCGUUCCUCUUGCUCCUUUUAACUCCUUCCCUCUUUGCGGAUUCUAGAACGGAACCCUUUUCUAAUUCUUCCCAGUAGAAACGUAGGAACAAUUUCGUGAACGCAAUCCGGAGUGCCCAACAUGGCGGCGGCCGUAAGGUGCAUGGGUAGAGCCUUGAUACAUCGUCAAAGGCAUAGCCUUUCCAAGAUGGUUUAUCAGACAUCACUUUGUUCUUGUGCUGUAAACAUUCAAGUGCCCAACAGACAUUUUGCUGCUGCUACAAAGUCUGCAAAGAAAACAAAAAAAGGUGCUAAAGAAAAAACACCAGAUGAGAAAAAAGAUGAAAUAGAAAAAAUAAAAGCAUAUCCCUAUAUGGAAGGUGAACCUGAGGAUGAUGUCUAUUUAAAACGCUUAUACCCGAGACAGAUAUAUGAGGUGGAGAAAGCUGUUCACUUACUUAAGAAAUUUCAAAUUCUCGACUUUACUAGUCCAAAGCAAAGUGUUUAUCUUGAUUUGACAUUGGAUAUGGCACUGGGAAAGAAGAAAAACGUGGAGCCAUUUACCAGUGUUCUUAGUUUGCCAUACCCAUUUGCUUCUGAAAUCAAUAAAGUUGCUGUAUUUACAGAGAAUGCAUCAGAGGUCAAAAUAGCAGAAGAAAAUGGAGCUGCAUUUGCAGGAGGCACUAGUCUGAUACAGAAGAUUUGGGAUGAUGAAAUUGUUGCAGACUUUUACGUAGCUGUUCCAGAAAUAAUGCCUGAACUUAAUCGAUUAAAGAAGAAACUGAAUAAAAGAUUUCCAAAGCUUUCUCGAAGCACCUUGAGUGAAGAGGUGGACCUUUUCCCUUCUCUGACACCUUCUUUUCACCCCAACAUGAUCUGUUUAACGGCACUGGUAAAACAUUUGUGUUCUUUAAACAUGAAGACAAACAAUCAACUUGUCAAAAAUGUUAAAUGGAAUAUAUCAGAUGUGCAUUAGAACAAGUGAAGCUUCUAUUAUGCAUUUUCAAAGCUCAUUCAGAUUCUUGUUUAAUAACAUUUGAUUCCCCCUAUAUCCAACAAAAGUCUUUAGUGUAAAAUAGAAAUUACAUUUUGAGCAAAUGGAGAAAAUUAAAAAACAAGCUCCUGCAGCUGAGCUCAUUAGUUUCCCAUUUCCAGUUUUACUAAUGGGAGUGGGCGUGUGUCCCUUUUGCAGCUUGUUUAAUGCUGCAGUUUUCUUCAUUUUAUUUUAAUUGCUUACAUAACUGUAGGCAAGUUCUUUAUUUUUGAAAUGCACGUUUGGCUUGUUUUCUCAAUAUUUCUUUUUUGUUUUAUUAAACAAAAUUAAAACCUGUUUUUUAAAAUUC